CUUGUAUGACAGACUCAGAUUACAACAACCGAGGCACUAUGUAUCGGGGUCUGUGCUAGCACCGAACUUCUGGCGUCGACGGAUUAUUCAUGUACAAGCACAUAUAAUCCAUCGUAUACGUUCAUCCCGGCUUCUUCUUACGAGUCAGGUACACAAUGACAGACAACUUGUGCGUUCUCUUCGUAUGCCUAGGCAAUAUCUGCCGAAGCACAAUGGCAGAAGGUGUCUUUCGAUCUCUUACAAGUUCCCACCCUCGUAUCGGCGAGAUCGACUCUGCUGGGACGGGAGCAUACCAUGUCGACGACCCUCCUGAUGACCGAACUAUCGAAACCCUUCGUCGACACGGUAUUACAGAUUACGACCACGGUGCACGUCAGGUUACUGUGCAAGACUUUUUCGACUACGACUAUAUCUUUGCCAUGGAUACGUACAACCUACGGGAUCUACAGAGACUCCAACGCAGAGCCGAGAGCAAGGGAAAGGCCGAUAAGAUUCGAGCAAAUGUCAUGAUGUUUGGGGAAUUUCAUGGUACUGGCAAAAAGGGUAAAGCUGAGGAAGUGGUCGAUCCUUAUUAUGGAGCCGAUAACGGCUUCGAAGUCGUGUAUGAACAAGUCACUAGAUUCACGAAGAACUUCUUGGAGCAAGUCGCGGAUAAGAAGGUAUGAGCAGCCAGGCUGGUUUACGAUGUUGUAAGAAAACCGGGAUGUGAAUCUGUGUUAGGUAACGCAACAGUCUUGCUCGCCGGGAUAGAUGACUAGGCAAUGAUAUC